GAAUGUUUCAGAAUUACCAACACUGUUGAUGAAGUUUUAGUCGACGGGCAUCAUCAUUUGGCUUUGUUUUGCGGAGCCAGCUUCCGCCAUGCAGCCGGUGGUACUACGUGGUAUAUCGUCUCUGACAUGGCAGCAUGCUCGCGGUGCGCUGCCCAGCGCGCUUCAGCAAGCUCUCGCGGCAUCGGCAGCAUCAUCGAGUAGCAGCUUGACAGCGGUCGACUGCGACGCUGGCGCUGACAUGCAGGCAUCUUGCUCGGGACGUGGUGUAGAAUGCGCCCGGCACCGGCUCGCAUGGGGGCCUCUAUCCGGCGUGGCGGGGCUGAGCACCUCGGCGCGGGCUGCGUCUCCCGCCGCAGCGGCGAUGCCCUCCUCGUCUGCCGCCUCGGCAGCUUCUCCCGCAGCAGAUGCGGCACCUCCAGGCGCCUACUCGGUGGAGAUCGCGGUGCAGGGCUUUGAAAAGCGCUACGUAGACAUGGCCUGCAACACGCUCGGCGACAUCAUUAUCCUGGCGUUCGCGCCCAAAUCCUACGCCGCGCUGCCCACCGGCGCGCCCAGCCCCUCCGACGCCCCAGUCAACCUCGCCUUCGGGCCGGAGCGACGUGACGUGAGGCUGCCGUGGCGCCGCACGCGCAUCACGCUCAUUCGCGGCCCGCACAUAGACAAGACCGGCAUGGAGCAGUUCGAGCGGCGCGAGUACAAGUCGGUCCUGACGGCCGCAACCAACUGCCCCCAGGAGCUAGCGCGGCUGCUGGAGGCGGUGAAGCUGUACCAGUUCACGGGCGUGCAGAUCAAGAUGCAGCUCGCCAGCGCGCAGCGCGUCGACCUGCCCGCCGACGUCUCGGCACUGCUGCGGGGCGGCGGCGGCGCCACCGCCGCCUCGACCGGCAGCAGCAGUAGCAGCAGUAGCAGCAGUAGCAGCAGCAGCAGCCUGGUGGGGUCGCCGGUGGUGGAGAUCCCGGCGCCGGCCAGCGCGGACCUGGCCUUCGCGGAGGAGGUGGGGCGCGUGCUGGGCGUGCUGCGGCCGGCGGUGUGGGCGGGGCUGAGCCGGCGCCGUGCUGUGCUGGCGGGCAGCGCUGACCACGAAACCUGGCUCAAAGCGGCGGCGGGGGGGCUGCCGCCCUCGGCGAGCGCGACACGGGGAGCGGGAAGGGGCGGCGGCGCGGCGGCGCUGCCGCCGCCGGCGGUGGUGGCCGGCUGGGAUGCGGAGGCGGAGGUUGCGGGGGCGGCGGCGGAGGGCGGCGACGCGUUCGGGAGGCUGCUGCGGCUGCGGCUGAGGCAGCAGGCGCAGUUGCAGGACGCACAGGCGUCCACCUCCGCCUCUGGCACCUCCACCCCGGCCGCCGCCUCCGCCGCCGCGUACGGCCUGGACCCCGCCCUCGCCGCCCGACUGCUGGCGCGCAUCGACGCCGACCUACUGCAUGCGCACGAGGCCGCCGCCGCCGGGCUGCCGCCGCCGGCGGCGCUAGCCGCCGGCACGGCGGCGGCGGCGGUGGCGGCUCCGCCGCCCGCCACUGCCGUACUCGACGCCAGCAAGAUGUCGCCGGCCGAGUACGCCUAUGCCGUACUGAAGUACGUGCAGUACGUGGAUUCGCUGUACGAGUCGAGCGGCGCGGCGGCGGCGGCGGCGCGCGGCGACGCCGCGCUGCAGCUGGCGGCGCCGGCGCUGGCGGUGCGGCUGCUGCAGCUGUGGUGGGAGGCCACGACCGUGGAGUUCAAGCGGGCGUUGGGGCUGCCGCCGGCGGAGGAGGAGCGGCGCAUGCUGGAGCGGCUGCUGGAGCUGCAGAAGAAGAAGGACGAGCUCAAGGGCGCAGGCAGGGGCGGCGGCCGGUAGGCGGCCGGUAGGCGGCUGGUAGGAGGCCGGUAGGGGGCUGGUAGGAGGUCGGUAGGCGCAGGCGGGUGCAGGGCGGGGUGAAGGGUGGGUGCAGGGGAGCGGCGCGAGGUGUAGGUGACGGGCGGCGGGUGCUUGAGAAUGGUGUGGCGGGUGGGCACUGGUGUGGUAUUGUAGGUAUUGUGUGAAGGUGUUGCUAGAGCAGGAGUCGUGUUCGCCUUCCGGGAAUUGUCAGGGCAGAAUGGUGGUUCUAUUCCGGUGCUGGGUACUUGCGGCGGGGAGGUGGAUGAUUCAGGGAGGUGGCACGGACUUGGGCACGGAUGACGAGGACUGUGUGGCGGCAGGACCACUUUGAAUGCAGCGCUUGCGUCUCGCUGAGUUGACGCCGUUAACAUGUGUGCGCAUCACAUGCGUGCAUCAUCUGGUGCCUUGUUUCUGAAGCAUGCGCAGCUGCAAACAGAAAGCGCAAAUCUGUUUCGGCCCUGCCACUUCACCUAGCAGAAUCGCGAAUCUGCCUGAGUCCCAGCUAGGUAAACUCCUCAUAAGUACGGUAUACGAGGGCAGAGCAUGGACGUUUCGGCACUCGGCCCCUGGUCUGGCAAUGUGCCUGUACGAACUGACCCUGGCUGUAUCUGGGCACUGGCUGUACUUUUCGGCACAACGCCAACAUUGGCUAUGGCGGUUGCGUCAGCAGGUUGGGGCGGGGACCAAACCGGGCACUGCUCAGCCUGCUGGUGGACAAGUACGCGCACCUGGUGGUGUACGUGGACGAGUUCUACACAUCGCAGGCAAGAUGAGAGCAGACGGGUUGGAAUGAGUAGAGAGGUGGUCGGGUGGACAGGAUGGGGCUCGUGUGCAGGUAGCCGGGUAGCCAGCAAGGUUGGCU